AUGACCACGAAGCUCACCCCCACCCCUCCACUCAACACGGCCGCAAACAAAAAGCCAAAACUCCUCUUCACCCUGAACACUCCCUUCCCAGAAAUAGAAUGGUUAUCCCAUCCCCCCAUCCACCCUGUCCGCCUACCUACUGCCCUCCGCAGCCCGCUGACACUCCCAUUACAGGCCAACAAUCCCCCCCACCGCCCAAACCACAAUCAUAGAACACCUCAGUAAUAUGCUCUCACCAAUCGGGGCACGGAGGCGCCUCCUGCCGCCCCCGCCAUCCGCGGCAAAACGAAAUAGGAAGCGCAAACGCGCUUCCUCCACCUCCACAGUUGCAACAGCUAUACCACCACCUCCAGUGCCAGAAAUCAGCAAGUACUUAACCGUAGGCUUAAACUCCACUACCGCCUACUUGGAAGGGCUAGCGGGGGAGCGGAGGCCGCCGGCCUUUGCCCCCCCCGUCGCGCAAGGGGAGAGGGAGAGCAGAAAACCGGCGAUGAGAGCGGUAUUCGUCACGCGCGCGGACUCACAGGCUUUGUUGCUGCACUCGCAUAUUCCCUUGCUUUGCGGGUUGGCUUCGGGAGAGGGCGGGGGGGGAGUGGUUGUCAGGUUAGUGCAGUUACCGAGGGGGUCGGAGGCCAGGCUGGCCGAUGCGCUGGGGAUUGUGCGCGCAGGGUUUGUAGGGCUACUGGAGGGCGCGCCGGAGGAACUCGUUGCGGGUUUGAUGGAAGUUGUCGAGAGAUAUGUUCUGCCUGUUCGGGUGCCGUGGUUGGACGAGCAAGGCGGGGUGAGGGAGUACAAGCCGGUUAAUGUCAAGGUUGCAAAGACUUAUGCCACAGUGCAAGGCAAAAGGAAAAGGAAGGGGAAAGGUUCUGCGUCGACUUGA